AUGGAAAUACAACAGUGUGACCAAUGUGAGAAGAGUUGUACCCUGUCAAGUAAUCUCAAAGUGCAUAUGCGAACACAUACCAAUGAGAAGCCUUAUCAUUGUAAACAAUGUGAGAAGAGUUUCACUCGGUCAAGUCAUCUCAAAGUGCAUAUGCGAAUACAUACCAAUGAAAGGCCUUAUCAUUGUAAGCAAUGUGAGAAAAGUUUCACACAGUCAAGUUAUCUCAAACGGCAUAUGCGAAUACAUACCGAUGAACAGCCUUAUCAUUGUGAACAAUGUGAGAAGAGUUUCACUCGGUCAAGUAAUCUCAAACGGCAUAUGCGAACACAUACCAAUAAGAAGCCUUAUCAUUGUAAACAAUGUGAGAAGAGUUUCACUCGGUCAAGUAAUCUCAAACGGCAUAUGCGAACACAUACAAAUAAGAAGCCUUAUCAUUGUGAGCGAUGUAAGAAAAGUUUCACCACGUCAAGUCAUCUCAAAGUGCAUAUGCGAACACAUACAUACCAAUGA